AUGGAUUAUAAUAAUUCAUUAAAAUCAUCACAUCAACUUAGAAGCAAAAACUGUUUAGUUUUCAACAAGUGUUCUAAUUUGUGGAAUAAAGCACGGAGACCAAAAUCGGCAGAAAUAAUGCAACAGAUUUUAAGUUGCAUUCCAAGUUACCCCAGUGUAACUAGAUGGAACUUUAGUUAUGAUGCUUUAAAUAAAAAUUUGUCUUUAAAGGAAAAGAUGCCAGGACUUUGCGAUGCACUUUUGCUGUUCAAUUUUACUGAAAGUGAAAUAUUAUUUUUGACAGAAUAUACAACAAUUAUGAAACCUCUUGACUUUCUGCAAGGCGAUCAAAAUACAUAUUAUGGAUACUUUCUUCUCAGUAUUAUAUCAAUGCAUAAAAAACUUGAGAAAAUUAAAUUGUCUGGUACAAUCAUACAGUUAUCUAAGUCCUUAGAUUACAUUUUGAACUCUAUUCGUGAACGAUUCCAUCGUGUUUUUACCUUGCAGUCUAAGAUAGCCGUUACAACAGUAACCAAUCCUAGAUUUAAAAUGAGAUGGUUGACGCCUUUUUAG